CAAAAACAAAACAAAAAAAAUGGCUGGGAGAUUCUGUCAAAGAGACGGCGGGAUCAUGACGGCAAUGGUGGCGGUGGAGAUUCUGACAGAGUGUAGCCAAAGUAGUUGGAACAAUAGUUUGCAUUGUGGGUGCACUUGUGGCAACUCUAUACCAUGGCCCCAUCGUCUUCGCCGCAUCUAAGCCGUCCUUUUAUCUCCUUCAGCGUCUUUCGGCACCUCCCUCGCAACCGUCCAAUUAUAAUUGGGUCAUCGGGGGAGGUCUUCUGGGUUGAAUACACUCUCAUUGCCGUCGCUUACAUUGUUCAGACACAUAUAAUGAGGGAAUAUCCGUCGGAAUUUGCCUUGGCACUUUCCCACAAUGUCUGCGUUUCAAUCUCUUGUGCAUUUGUUAGUUUAUUCGUGGAGGAGAACAAUCCUAGCGCAUGGAUUAUGAGAUCGAAAAUUAUGUUGAUAUGCAUCGUCGCAACGGGGGUGGUGAAUUCGACGAGCUAUGUUGUUGAAUCAUGGACAGUGCGAUAUAAGGGGGCUGUGUUCCUAGCAAUGUUCAGGCCAUUAUCUAUCGUAACCGCUGUCGUACUAGGGGCAAUAUUUCUAGGCGAUUCUCUCUAUCUCGGAAGGUGAAAGAAGAAUGUUUAAUAUAUCAAAAGAUGGAUCACCAAAUUAGUAUUAAUUACUCAUCUUGGAUUUUCACUUUCAGUUUUUACUAUCUAUAUUUGGCAGUGUGAUUGGUGGAACGUUGAUAUCAAUCGGUUUCAGUGUCCAUAAUUCAUUAUUUCAUAUAGCCAAUGGCUUUAGCGCUUUAGCCAAAUCCAGUGUUCUAAGGCAUAUUGGCAUGUUAGUAUAGAAAAGUUGUCCUUAUCUGAACAAAUUUUUAGUAAUGGAGGCAACGACCUUUGUG